AUGAGCACCAUUCGCGUCGACGUCCAAGACCGUAUAGCGACGAUAACUCUGAACCGACCGGCGUCGCUCAACGCAAUCACUAGGGAUGACUACGACGCAUUCGCCGUGGCGCUCCGGGACAUUGACCAAAGGCAGGAUGUGCUCGUUACUGUCUGGCAAGGACGGUGGUUCUGCGCUGGGACAGACGUCAAAGUCGGUGGAGGGACGCCUGCAAGCUUGAGGGAUACUUUCUUGAGCAGAGUGUCACCCGUGAAUACUGAUGUCGGACGCGCUCUGUACACUCAUAGCAAAAUCUUGGUUGCCGCUGUGCAAGGUCCAGUAAUGGCUUUCCUUGGUCACUUCGAUUUCAUAUACUGCACGCCGCAGAUGUGGCUGUCGGUGCCUUUCGCGUUUCUGGGUCUUGUUACAGAGGGAGGAUCAAGCGCGAGCUUUAUCAACAGAAUGGGUGUUGCGCAAGCAAACGAGGUGCUUCUGUGGGGAAAGAAAAAGACCGCAGAAGAGCUGCUGGCCAGCGGCUUUGUCAACAAAAUCUUUCAGGAACAAGAUGUUGCCUCCUUCCACGCCGCUGUGCGGGCUCACCUUGCGUCAGAAUUAGCGGGGCUCGAUCCGACGGCGCUGUUAACGAUCAAGCAGCUCCUUCGACGAGCGCUGGAAGAUAAGAAUGAUCCGGACGCCGUCAAUCUUCGCGAGAGUUACGGACAAGCCGCACGCUUGGCAAGUGGAGUGCCCAGCGUUCGAUUCGCUCAAGUCGCCAAGAAGGAGAUCAGGCAUAAACUGUAA